CUUAAAUUUGACACUUCUUGUCGGCUCAACUCGAACCGAUUUUGGACAUCGGACUAUUGAACCUCCAUGAUUUAUUUGUUUUUCUCAUAAAGAGUAAAGAAAUACAAAAUGGACAAAAAUAAAACACACCCCACCCUCAAAAAGAUACUCGACUACGAUGUUAAGCUAACAAAGUCGUUUGUGUCCUUCCUUCUGAAUUUCGUGGCGUUUCGUUCGGUGAAAAAUCACUGCAGACUUCUGGAAAUAUCAUGCCAUGGAAUCGCUUGGCUGGCCAGUUGGAUGGCAUUCUGCUGGCUAAUCAACAGUCCCUCACUCUACAACAUGCAAAUCAACAUGCUCAUGGGUUUGCUGGUUGAUAUUGUAAUUGUUGCAGUCAUCAAAGCAGCAACAAGACGUCGAAGACCAACAGCAGACGUUGAGACCAUUGGCAUUGGUCCGGAUAAAUUCAGUUUUCCAUCGGGACACGCAUCAAGAGCCUUCUUUAUAGUUGGCUUCUUCACUGUACUCUAUCCAUUGCCGGUGUUUAUGUGGCCAGCUCUAAUAGCUUGGGCUUCGAGUGUUGCUGUUUCUCGUUUGCUUAUGUAUCGUCAUCAUUGUCUCGAUGUCUGCGCUGGAAUAAUUCUGGGACUAUUCGAAACUCUGAUAAUGUAUGUCUUGUGGCUUGGACCUGAACUAACUAAGUCCAUCAUGCUGAGCAUAUCUGAAGAUUACGUUCCUGGAGGACCCGAAUGAUUAAAUUACUUCUUACCUCAAAUUGUGUAAUUUAAGUGUUGAUAAAAAAUGUUUACUAAUACUAUAUUUUAUUAGCCUGCGAACAGAUUAAAGUGAGACCAAAGUUUGGCCCCCAAAUGUAUGUAAAUACUUAAUAAAAAUGUUUAUUCCAAACUUUU